AUGUCCAACCCUAUAUCGCCUCCGCUCGAUACGAUAGUACCCCCUAAGGAGUACCCAAUGCUAUCACUAGAAGAAUGCUUGCGAAAAAUCGAUGACCUUUUGCCCAAGUAUCAACUACGUUUCCAGACACGAAAUGCAUCCUCCACACUGUACCGCUUGAGGGUGCCUGAAGAGCUCGGACGCGUAUUAGCGGCUGAUGUAUACGCUCGAGGACCUUUCCCGAAAUUGCCGACUUCCAUUAUGGAUGGAUUUUUGGUACGACCAGUUGGAGAAACGCAUACGAGUGUUAAGAAGAUGAGUGGAAUCCCUUAUAGAGAGCUCCGAAUUAUAUCGAAUAUCACAGCUGGACAUGGCGUGGCUACUGUAGCUGAGCACUGCGACGCCACUUAUGUAACUACCGGGACGUUGGUAGAAAAUGCCGAUUUAGCAGUGGUGAAAAUAGAAGAUUGUGAUGUGAGUGGUGACACCGUGAGAGUCCCUGUCACCGGCGUUGUUGCUGGUCUAAAUUUGCGGAGUGUUGGUUCUGAUAUUAAAAAGGACGAACUCAUUGCACGCAGAGGAACGGUUUUAACGCCGGCUUUGCUCGCUGCACUCGAGGGCGUGUCGCCGACAGUUGAACUGCUACCUGUAGUGAAAAUUGCUAUCGUUUCUAGUGGAGAUGAACUCGUCAAAAAAGAGGUACCAGACACGAAUGGUCCGAUGCUGCAGGGUCUACUAUGUGAGCGCUUUGGCAACGCAGUAGAAGUGAAUCGAUUACCCCCACUAGAAGAUGAUUAUAAUAUUAUUAGAAAAGUGCUUUUAGAAGUGGCAGCGACGAACGAUGUGGUUAUUACUACUGGGGCGGUGAGUAAAGGUUCGAAAGACUACAUCAAGAAAAUUCUCGAAAAAGAUGGGAAAGUGCAUUUCGGCGAAGUUUGUUUGAAACCGGGAAAGCCUACUACUUUUGCUACACUACGUGGAACGCCUUUUUUUGGUCUUCCUGGCAACCCCGCGAGCGCUUAUGUCACUUUCUUCGUUUUCGUUGAGCCUUUCUUGAGAGCGCUGUUAACUGCUGAUGGAAAAAUGGAAAAUUUUCAACAAUUUUACGCGACUUUGGCAGAAAAUAUGCAACAGACGGAUCCAGUGCGCCCCGAGUACGUGCGUGUCACCGCAAGUGUCACCCCGAGCGGUCAGAUUGUCGCUAGUGGUAUUACAGGUGGAGACACGCAACGUAGUAGCAGACUGCUGAGCUGCGUGGGAGUGAACGCUUUGGUUAAACUGCCCGCUGGUGGUGAACUCGUUCAUAAGGGGGCGCGGGUGCCGUGUGUGCUAACUGGUAGAGCUGAACUCGGUAAUGGGGGAGAGGACGAAGUUGACGAUGAUGUUAAAGCUGAAGCCUUUGCUUUUCGGAGGCUCGUGAGUUGGCUGCAGACAAGGACAGAUGUGCAGAAUAUCGAUCUUAUGAAUUUGGCGGGGUUUUGUCGCAACUGCCUCUCCAAGUGGUACGCUGAGGGUCGAGGAGUAGACGUAGAUGCGGCUAAGGAACGCAUAUAUGGUAUGUCGUAUUCGCAGUGGAAAGCGCGUUAUCAAACUCCCGCUUCUGAGGAAGCCAAGAUUAAGUUCGCUGAGGUCCACGAAGAGAAGGCUAGGACGGCAUGCGGGCACGCAACUGGUCCAGCUAUUCAUCACCAUCCUGUGACCGAAAUUCUCCUUGGUGUUGUCACGUGUAGUGAUAGGGCGGCUCAGGGGGAGUACACGGAUGAGGCCGGGCCACUCGUUGCGAGGCUGUGUGGGAGGCCAGAGGCUCCGGCCCAUUUAGCUUUGAGAAAUAACGUUCCCUAG